UAUACACUGGCCUAAAGAACCCCGCAGUGCCCAGUACAAAGCUCGCGGCAAACUCCAAACCUGCAAGCGGUGGGGUGAACCCAGCGGGUUUGAAUUGGCCGAUACGGAGAGCUGGUGGAAUUAAAGUUUCUAUUUCUGAAACUAAACAUCUGGUGUCCAAAUGAAUGAAGUGUCGGCAUCUUUGACCCAUAUGCAGCAUGGGCAAGUGACGGAAGAUUUAAUAGAGAACCAUCAGGCUAACAUGAACGAUAACAAUGAAAGAAGAAACAAUGAGCGUUUGGAGUCUCAAAGCAACGGACAGACGCAGAGCAGUUCCCAGCAAGUGUUGGAACAGGAUGAUGAGGAAGAUGAAGAACUGACAUUAAAAUAUGGUGCUAAACACGUGAUCAUGCUUUUUGUGCCCGUCACACUCUGUAUGGUAGUGGUUGUGGCAACCAUUAAGUCUGUCAGCUUUUACACAAGAAAAGAUGGCCAGCUAAUAUAUACCCCUUUCACAGAAGAUACAGAAACUGUAGGACAAAGAGCCCUGAACUCCAUCCUCAACGCAGCGAUCAUGAUAAGUGUGAUUAUAGUCAUGACAAUACUACUGGUGCUGCUCUACAAAUACAGGUGUUAUAAGGUUAUCCAUGGUUGGCUCAUCAUAUCUUCCCUGUUGUUACUGUUUUUCUUCUCCUUUAUCUAUCUGGGAGAAGUGUUCAAAACCUAUAAUGUAGCCAUGGAUUACAUCACGCUGGCUCUGAUGAUAUGGAAUUUUGGUGUUGUGGGAAUGAUCUGUAUCCACUGGAAAGGACCCCUCAUUCUACAACAAGCUUAUCUCAUUAUGAUAAGUGCCCUAAUGGCUCUUGUAUUUAUUAAAUAUCUCCCAGAAUGGACAGCCUGGCUUAUCCUAGCAGUGAUAUCUGUUUAUGAUCUCAUCGCAGUGCUCUGCCCAAAGGGACCACUACGUAUGCUGGUAGAAACUGCGCAGGAGAGAAAUGAAACCCUUUUCCCAGCUUUAAUAUAUUCUUCUACCAUGAUUUGGUUAGUGAAGAUGGCAGAUGGUGAUCCAGGAUUUAAACAGAGUGUGUCAAAGAAACCUUCAUACAACACUCAAGUGCCUGCUGUCCAAAGGAGUACCAGUGCAACCUCUGAUGAUAAUGGUGGAUUUGACACUGAGUGGGAGGAACAUAGAGACACAAGAAUUGGCACGGUUGUGUCAACUGAAGAAUCAAGAGCCGCAGUGCAGUCAUUGCCUAGCAACAGCCCCCCAAGCGAAGACCCUGAAGAGAGAGGUGUAAAACUUGGCCUGGGGGACUUUAUUUUCUACAGUGUUCUUGUUGGUAAGGCUUCAGCCACAGCCAGUGGCGACUGGAAUACAACGCUGGCUUGCUUUGUUGCUAUCUUGAUCGGUCUGUGCCUUACUCUACUACUUCUUGCCAUUUUUAAGAAAGCCUUGCCUGCACUGCCUAUUUCUAUAACAUUUGGGCUUGUGUUCUACUUUGCCACAGACAACCUGGUGCAACCCUUUAUGGACCAACUGGCUUUCCACCAGUUUUAUAUCUAACCUCCGGGUAAACGGUUCGAUGGUAUUUCUUGUUCUCCUUCACAGGACGCUAUCUGAGCAAAUAAAAGAAAAACACUUUGCUUUUCAUUAUCAUUUUUUUUUUUUUUUUUUUUUUUUUUUUAUAUAGAAGGGAUUCACCAUCUUUAUCCCUUUUCAGGUCCUAAGGGAUGAACAAUUUUUGUGCAUUCCAAAGUCCCUUCUGUACUGAAGAGGUAAAUGCGCAACAGCAUUCUUAUCCUGUGGGCAAAGCCGUAACCAUCGUUGGCCCAAGGUUUCUGAUGUGAACGGGUUCUGUACCAGCAAAUAGACUUGCAAACGUUGAACAAAAGAGGAGUAACAAGCGGGAUGUUACUAGAAGAAGUUUAAACAUAUUCCGUAGUAAGAAAGAUGGUUGAGAUUCAAAUAAGGAUGUUUUUCUUUUUAAACCUGUUACUAAGGAAUUUGAUUCUGAUAUUAUAACGGAAAUGUGUCCACUCCACACAACGCACUGUACUAUUCCGCUGCCAGAGAACACUAUCGGAGAUAGGAUUCCCAUCUACCCAGAGAUAAAAAUGCUAUGAUGUAAAGUCAUAUCUUUUACAAACCACUACUGGAAUCUCAUACGAACUUAGACAUGGCACUGUUUACUGCCUGUCUUCUAUCCAUUCUAAAAUGAUCCCUUAUCAUGUAAGGGGUAUAAAGUAGAUGUUCAUGACAACAUAUGUUCUUAUCGUUCUGUACUAGAGGGGAAGGGGUUAAAUACGGCUUUAAUCUCUCGAGUGCCAAAGGAGCCUGUAAGAUAAAUUGUCAUGGGGCAAAGGUUUAAAACAAGUUUGCAUGUUUUGUUUUAUGGCUAGUUUUUGUAUUCUGUAAGCAUACGCUUUUUGUAGGUUUCUUACAGUUCAGCUUCUGGGAGGAUACAGACUACUUGAAAAAUUAUGGAAACAAAUUGCCGACUGAUCUGCUCAGCCUGUGGAUAUUCCUCAGAAGGGAGUGGAAGAAUUUGUUACCAAAGUUUUUAAAUUGCCUGUAGGCAGGUCCAUGAACGGUUUACUUAUCUGGUUUUAUUCCCUUCUCCUGUAAUGACUAAAAAAUAAAUAAAUAAAUAAAGUCUACAAAGCAGAUUGCUACACUGGAAAAAAAAAACACCAUGUCAAUUGACUGAAUGGGAAAAGAGAUUUGUAAAUAAAUAAAAACAAAAAAUGUGGA